AUGUUCUCUUGUCAAGUUCCGGAUUUAUUCGUCGUCAUUCAGCAAUGUAUCGGUUUCUUUUUCGUAUUAGCUGCAUAUAAUGGACAGAUUUUUAUUGUGGUUGCUGUUUUGAGGAAUUUAGCCUCUGAUGAAAUCUAUGGGAUUUCUGAUCAAUCCGGUUAUUAUACGAGUUCGAUUUUAUGUUUAUCUUUUACUUUGAGUAACUUCUUAGCACCACCGAUUUUAGCAAGAAUUGGUCCAAAAUGGGCUAUGGUUAUUGGUGCUUUAUUUUAUGCUCUUUAUAUGUUCGGCUUUUUGUAUCUCCGAGGAUGGUUGCUUUACACGUUGGCGUUAUUGUUAGGCAUUGGAUCUGCUUUAAUUUGGACGGGAAAUGGUGUGAAUCUUGUCCGUCAUACUCCAAAACAUCACAUGCAUCGCAAUAAUGGAAUCAUGUGGACGGGUCUGCAAAUGGCUCUCAUCGCUGGAGCCUUAUUCUUAGCGAUUGUUUUGCAAACUAGUGAUCUCGUUUCUUCAUAUCAAUUAGUUUACGCAGUUUUUGGAAUUCUAGCCUUGAUCGGAGCUGUUAUAUUGGCUUGUCUUCCAAAAGGGAGUGGCACUGAGAAAUCAGAUGGCUUAGAAGAACAAUCAACGAAAGAAGUAUUCGCAAGAACAUUCUCUUUGGUUAAAACUCGAAAAAUGUUAAUGCUCACAGUUGUCACUUGUUUCCUGGGAGCUGAGGGAGUUUUUCAUAGUGGUGUUUAUGGAGCUGCAUUAGCUGCCACUACUCGUUUACAACGAAACGAGGUCGGCAUCGCUUACAAUGUUUUGGCUCUUGGUUUGGGCGAGAUUAUAGGCGGACUUCUUUUUGGAGUUGGAGCUAAAACGAAAUCUCCAUAUGGUCGUCGAAUCGUCGUUUUGAUGGGAACAGUGCUUCUCGUUCUCGGUUUUCUCAUGUCUUUUCUCUUUCUCCCCGUUGAUUCUCCUCAAAAGAAAACUGAUGAAAUAGCCUUCAUUGAACCUACCUUAUGGUUCUCUUUGGCCACCGCUUUCGUAUUUGGUCUUGGGGAUAGCUGCUGGCAGACUCAAGCCUAUACGAUAGCUGGCGGGAUUUACAAGGAUAAAGACGCAGCGCCGGCUUUUGCUUUAUUUCAAUUCUUUCAGGCCGGAUCUGCUGGUAUCUGUUUCUAUAUUUCAUCCAUUCUCAAUCUCUACUGGCAAUUGGGACUUCUUUCAAUUUUUGCCAUUCUUUCAACAAUUGCUUUCUACAUUCUUCAACAAUGGGCUCUUGAAGAACAAAAUAUCGAUAAAGUGACUUCUCAAGAAGAAAUAAAACCAGAAAAUUCAGAGAUU